AUGCGUGUUAAUAGUCGUAUUAUAGUGAUAAGGUUUUUGAUAGGUAAUAGGAUUGUCACUUUUCUGUCAGUUUAUGCUCCACAGUGUGGACUCAGUGAGGAAGAUAAAGAUAAGUUUUAUGAUGAGUUAAUAGCAGUCACAUCAAAGUUUGGAGACACUGAACUUGUCAUGGUGGGCGGCGACUUUAAUGGUCAUGUUGGGAAGUCAUCUGAAGGUUAUAGAGGUGUGCAUGGAGGCUAUGGAUUUGGGAGCAGAAAUAAGGAAGGGGAGAGAUUGCUUGAGUUUGGAAUGGCAACGGACAUGGUGGUUGUAAGACACAGAUAGAUUACUUCCUGGUUAGAAAGUCAGACAAGAAAGUGGUGAAGGACGUGAAAGUUAUAUCGGGGGAAGAGUGUGUUUCCCAGCAUAGGUUGCUGGUUUGUGAUAUUAUCUUGAAGAGUGUUAAAAAAGCCAAGGGAAAGUACAGGCCCUGUUGAAAAGU